AUGGGCGGCAUAGAUGUUAUAUCAUUUGACAUGCUACUCCACGCCUACCAUCUCCUGCUUUUCAACGACCCACGCCGCAACUUUCGUAGGGUGGUCGAGAAACCCCAGCACACUAUCGGUGCAAAGAAUCAUGCAUCUGAAGCGAAAGAUCAACUCGGGGAAGAUAAGAUCACAGAAUCGCAUUACAUCGAUCAACCCUACCCUGCCAACUGGACAGAAAGACUGCCCUGGAUAGGCACCCUCCUCAUCUCCAUGCGCUUCAUCGAUUGGAAAAUUGGCUCACCCUCUCACGACUCCAGACAACCAGCCCGACACCCUCACCCUCCUUCUCAUCUUCGCUUUAUUGCCACUGCUCUCCUACGCACCACGAUUGGUUUUAUCGUUAUGGAUCUCACAUCAGCUUGGACACAACAAGAUGCUUAUUUCAAAUCUUUUGGUGUGAGUGUUGAUGCAGCUCUGCCCCAGACUAGCAGCUUUGCAGUGUUGCCUCCGAGAGUGCUCAGGUGCACGAUCAUGGCAUUACAGGUGUGGUCGACUGUGGGCCAACAGUUCCAACUACCUUGCGUUUUGCCAGUGAUGCUGCAUUAUUUCGGUCUGCUACCAGAUGCGUGGGCCCCGCAUCUGUGGCCGACUUUCUUUGGCAGUUUCGGCGAAAUGUUUACAUCGCCAGGCCUUUUCGCUGUCAGAAACUUUUGGGGUAGGUAUUGGCAUCAGACUCUACGGCAUUAUUGCUCUGGUCCUGGUGUGUGGGUUGCGGAUCUACUGAAUUUGCCCAGAAGGAGUUGGAGUAGGUAUGCGUUGUUGAGUGCAGCUACGUUUUUCUUUUCGGGGCUUGUGCAUAUUGGAUUGGUACCCAGAGAUCCUAUGUUUGCAGCUAUUCCUGCCGGUCGUAUUCGUUGGCUUAUCUUGGGGUUCUUUUGGUUGCAGCCAAUGGGGUUUGCGGUUGAGAUGGCGGCUUCGAAGGUGUUGAGGAGACUGAGGGCGAGGAAGGAGGUUUUGGUGGUGCUGAAUGUGUGUUGGUUUGUUGGAUGGUGUUGUGUUGUGUUGCCGUUGUUGGGGGAGGCUGGAGGGCAUUUGGGGUAUUGGCGUGUUUGGCCUGUGCCGGUUAGUUUGUGGAAAGGUGUUAUGGAGGGAAAGUGGUUGACUUGGAUUUAG